AUGGAGCUGAUGCCCCUCAUGGAGGGGAGAGAGGAGAUCGAGCAAACCCUGAGCGAGAUCGACAGACGAACCCCGGAUGCCCUCCGCUCUGCGUUCCGCCUCGGCUACCGAUCUCACUCGUCUUCAAGCAAGUACCCAGAUAUGGACGCCUUCAUCGCCUCCGUGCUGCCGCCGCCUGUUUCGAAGGACGAGAUACCGUCUGCGCGGGUUGAUUGUUUCUGCGACGUGAACGCAUCGAGGGCACUGAAGAUGGACUGGGCGUCGUGCUACCUGCCGCACAACGACCACGACGCGCACUUCGGGGUUGCCGACCCCGGCGUCAUCGGCGUGGCGGACGGCGUCGGCGCGUACAGCGCGAAAGGCGUGGACGCGGGCGCCUUCUCUCGGAGCCUCAUGGCGAGCGCCCACCAAGACGCGCUGGAGACGGCGCCCAGGCCCAUCUGCCCCUACACGCUGCUGCAACGGGCCUACGAGGGCGCGGCCUCGUCGGACGUGCAAGGGGCGUCGACGGUGGUCCUUGUCUCGCUCGUCGGGGACACCCUCAGGUGGGCUAACAUGGGCGACAGCGGCUUCGCCGUGCUCCGCGGCGGCGCGAUCGUGCACCGCUCGCGGCCGCAGCUGGCCCGCUUCAACUGCCCACUCCAGCUCGCCGCCAAGGGCGCCGACAGCAUCACCCAAGCGGAGGUGGGCGAGACCCCGGUGAGGGACGGCGACAUCGUCGUGGUGGCCACGGACGGGCUGUUCGACAACAUGUUCGACGCGGAACUCGAGCGCGUCGUGCGGAUGGGCACUGCGCUGAGCUUCUCGCCCAAGAACAUGGCGGACAUCAUUGCCGGCAUCGCCUACGAGAUGUCGUGGAGCAAAGACAAGGACUCGCCCUUCAGCGUCGGUUACCGGAAUUACACGGGGACUCAACGGUGUGGCGGAAAGGAGGAUGACAUCACCGUCGUCGUCGCCUUCAUCGUCUCCACUCCGCGGGUGGGCGUGGACAAGGUUGAAGACGAUGAUGCAGCAUUAAAUUCUGACUGGAUGGAUCAAGUUAAGAGGAGCAAAGUUGCAUACCAACUUAAGAACGUACCGGGGCCAUCUCUCGCUGCAAAAAGCGAUUCCGAGCACAGUGGAAAUCGGCGUAAUACAUUGCAGCGUUCCAAUUCCGGACCGAUUUCUCGUGCCAGAGGUCGUUGGUAUUAG